CACUACGCUAAUUAAGUAUGUCUCAUUCAGACAAAAGUAGCCCAUAUUAUUCACACCAUGAUUAACUACUCAUCGAUCAUCACGGUUUGUUUGCUGUUAAUAUAUAAAGCAGCGUCACUGAGCGACGAGGAAAUUGCAAAAUUAGCAGAGGACAAAUUUGCGACAGGGUUUGAUCCAGGACAAGCGGACCAGAGUGACGUACCACCACUUCCGGUAUUUAGUUUUCCUAUAGUUUUAGAACAAAAUACUCCUCCAAUUACAACAGAAAUUGAGAAUCAAACCCCGGCUCUACAAGAAGAAGCAUUGCCCCCAGUAAUCGCAACAUCCGAUGUGUCGACUUCAUCUGGGGAGAGACUGGCGAGCAAAAUUUCUGAUGCAGAAAAAAGCUUUGCCAUGGGCAUGGGAAUGGCGAAGUUUACAGAGCCACCUGUUCCCAUGGGAGAAUUUGUUUUACCUGCUGGAUUAGAAAACUUUAAUUUUCCGGAGCAACCGACCGAAAUUGCACAAGAUGUCCCCAACGACGACCAGACAAAGAACGACCUUAGCCCAGUGAUAACUUCGUCGGAUAAAAUCUCCAGUCUACUAUCAAAAAUGGAGAAUAAUUUUGGUGACAUUGAUCAGAUUUCGACAUCUCUGAAAUUGAUUCCGGAUUCCGGAAACGAUACAAAAAUCAUCGAAAGUAAACAGCAGGAGGUCAUCACCACGUCAGGAUCAUCGAAAGAAGAUGCCGAAGGUAUGCCUGCGGUGGGAAAGCCACCUUCUUUGGCCCCUGUUUCGGGUGAAGUCGCAGAUGAAGCUGCCGACGCCAUGGCGCGAGCAAUGGCAGCAUCUGCAGCGAUGGACAAUAUGUUCUCUUAACUCAUUUUCAGUAUAAUAUAUUCAUAUUCAGUUUUGUGCAUAAGUAUUUUCUUCUAUCGAAAGUCACCACAAAAACAUAUAUGCACAUUUUGGGGGUAUUUAUCAAGAGGUCGCAUCGUAAAAUAAUUUUUAACUAAAGUUUCCGAACUAAAUACAAGCCUUGAAGAUGUGCAAUGUCGCAAAUUUAAGCCAAUUUUAUUUGCGAACUUUGUUUUUUGCUAACGUAAUGAAUACCCCCAUUAUGUCGUAAAUACUAACAUAAAUUUAAAUAUGUUAUCAACUCCCAUUUAGGUCAAUUGAACUCUUGAAGUUUUAACGAUCUGCAUACUUGUAUUUAUAAAUUUCCGUAAAAUAAGAAUAUACGUAACUAGAUACAAUGUCCAAUCACCUGUUCGAGAAAUAAAUCGUGUCAUUUAUUAUACAUAGACAUACACACA